UACGAAGCGGGAGGUUUUAAAAACUAAGAAAAGUUUGUAGCCGAACGUACAUGGUAUUCAAGAUGGAAACACACUAUUCAUGGUGUUCUAUGCAGCUAUUUUGUCCUGUGUGGAGCAUUCUGUGCGGGAGUUUUGGAGUAACAGGUGCAGUAGUAAUAUAUUGGGAGCACUGAACACUGAAAAGCGGUCUGGAGACUGCCACUUCCUGGUUCUAAAAUGUGCCGCUUCAACCAUACCCUAAAACAGACAACACCUCCCGCUGCUCCUGCCGACGUCCCCCCGGAUCCUCCUCCUCCUGCACCCAGCGUCCAAUUCCAAGAAGUCAAAAAAAUCAAAAAAAUGAAGGUGAAAUGGACCCAAGUAGGUUUGGUGUUCUUUCUCUUGCUGUCCAUGGUGAUGACAGGAUGCUUCUUCUGGCAGUAUCAGCUUCCAAAGGUUCAGCCAGAUGAAGGACUGGGUGGCACUGCUAAAUCCGAGAUGAGGUGUCCCCGCUUCCCGGAGCCUAUUCCUCUGCAGCAUCCCAUUCCAAGUCUAAAAGAGGCACUUGAAAAGGUGGACGUUCUUCUCCGCCAGAGCAUCAAUCCUAUUAGCCUCCCGGCUCUUUCCGCCAUUGUCAUCCUGAACGACACCGUUUUAUGGACCGGCAAUUUCGGCAAAAGAAACAGCUCGGAUGCAUUCUCAGGACCUCCUAAUGAGUACACCAUCUACAGAAUCGCCAGCCUGUCCAAAAUCUUCCCAACGCUAAUGCUGUACCGACUGUGGGAGGAAGGCAAAAUCAGCUCUCUAGAUGACCCACUGGAGAAGUAUGUGGACAACUUCACCAUCAAGAACCCUAUGGGGAGGAUGCGUGACUCGGAACUAAAAUACGUGACGGACGGUCUGAUCUUUCUGGACAGCGGGGAAGUGCCAAUACGUUCCUCCUCGGUGACACUGCGUCGGAUGGCCAGUCAGCUCUCUGGCCUGCCCAGGAGACUCAGGGCAACAAACCUUCUCUGGAAAGGACAGACUCAGUCGGCAAUCAACCUUCUGCAGGAUGAUGUACUUGUUGCUGACCCAGGAACCAAAUGUCACUACAGCAAUCUCGCCUUCUCACUGCUAGCCCACGUGAUGUCCGAGCGUGUGGUCAACAUGGAUUACCAGCGUUGGGUCUCGGACAACAUCUUGGACCGCCUGGGCAUGGAGGACACGGGCUUUGACAUUACGCCGGGACUGCAGGGCCAGGUGGCCGUGGGUGUUUACUCCAACGGGAAGCCGGCCCCGCUCUACGACCUGGGCUGGUAUCGCCCGUCGGGCCAGAUGUUCUCCACGGCGGCGGACCUGGCCAAGCUGGCCAUGAUGCUGCUAGGCGCUUACCACCGCAAGCUUCUGGAUCCCGACUCCUUGAAGAUCAUGCUCACGCCGCUAUUCAGGUGCGACAAGGACUACUUCGCCAACCGCACCGGGACGCCUUGGGAGGUGAACGAACUGUUGGGCUACGAGAUGGUCCGCAAAGACGGCGACUUGGACGGCUAUUCGGCCACCUUCUCCCUGGUGCCGCGACUCAAACUCGGCCUGGUGGUGCUCAUGGCUGGAGGUCGGUCCCAAAAGCAGGACGUGGUGGCCAAAGCCUACCGUCACAUCAUCCCUGCUGUAGAAAAAGCCUUCAGGGAGGCCCGGAGGAUGCUCUCUGCACCUCCAAACCCAGAGGCCUACGUAGGCUUCUUCACCUACAGCAACAUCACCUUCUACGAAAUCAAAGCCGACACAGACGGCGUUCUCACCAUGCAGCAGUUCGGCCCUCAAAUCGAAGAGCUGAUCCCGCAAAAGUACCGGACCAUAAGGCUCAACUUUUUAGUUGAACGUGUCUUCAAGGUGGUCUUUGAAAAGGAGUACCCCUGCGUACUCAGGGUGGGCUCGGCUUCUGUUUCCCUGGAGGCGCAGGACGGUCAACUUUUCAACUUCUACGCGUAUGACAAACGAGGCUUGUCGCCUGGGUUUGACGCGCCCGGGCUGAACACAUAUAAUGUGGUCAGAAUAGCACGCAAGCCAUCCUUUUCCAGCUGAGUCGCAUCUAAAUUCAAGGCAUUUUGGCUUUUACAGGAACAGAUUUAAGGCAAUUACUUGGAAGAGGAGGUCACUACAUCUUGUCAUGCUGGUACAUCGUUUUGCCUCCUGCCUGCACAAGCUCUUUAUUAUUUUCUUCACAAUUUUUUAAAUCUUCUCUCCAUUCACCCUUUCAGGGUUCUGUGUAUUGUAGAGCUGCAACUAACAAUUAUUUUCAUGGGAUAAAUGCCACUUUUUUUCAAUUACCUUCACAAUUUACCUUGAAGUUGUUUUUGGCAUGUUGUAUGUUACAAUGAAGACAAAAUGGAUGACUAUUUCCUUCAAAAAUAAUAUUUUAUUACAGCUUCCUGACUUAAGGCAAGGCAAGGCAAAUUUAUUUAUAUAGCACAAUUCAACACAUGUCAAUUCAAAGUGCUUUACAUCACAUGAAGAUCAUAAAAAUCACAUUUAAAUCAAUACAACGUAAAAACCAGGACAAUCGUAAUAGGAAAUAAAAUUAUACAUAAGAAUCGCAUUUAAUCACAAAUAGAAUAAAAAUAAAUAAAUAAAAAUAAAACAAAAACUACUAAAUAAUAAUUGAAAUCAGCAAUGGAGAUAAGCACAAGAGGAAUACAAAGCAAGAAGAUUGAGAUAUAUAGACAGUUACUUAACUGUAAUCUACAACUGUAUCGAUUAUCAAACUCGUUGGCAACUAAUUUAAUUAAUCGAUUUAAUCGAUUAGUUGUUACAGCCUUAUCAAGAAGCUAGUUUAGACAGAUGUCUGACAGGUGGCAAAAACGUGAAUUGUUGUUUUCCAAAGUAAAAGAUUUUUGUUCAUGCCCUACUUUGACUUAUCAAAAAUAAAAUGAAGAAGCCUAAUAAUAUUUAUAACUGAGAAGUUAUAUGUAUGUUAUAAUUUCAAGAAUUUUUGAGAAGUUUUGGGUUAAUAAGGUCCUAAACGAUUAAUUGGUUAUCAAAAUAGUAGUCGAUUAAUUUGCUAAUCGGUCAGUUGUCGGAUAGCCCUUAUGUCUAUGGCAGCCAUGACUAAUCGACGAUUGAUUAUUAAAUUAAUAUAAGAAAUUAAUCAAAUAAAUUUAUUGUCAUUAAUUGUUUCGACACAUUGUUGACGUAAAAAUUGUCCAAAUCUUUUUUUUUUUUUUUUUUUUUUUUUUUUGUUUGUUUCUUAAAAUCAAAUAUUUCUUUUUCAUUUUCAUUUUUUGAUUUGAAUUACUGUAAUGCACUGUUUUUUAAAGGGAAAUAUAAGAGUGAGGAAUUGUAAAUAUUGUUUCAGUUGUUCUUUUUUUGUUGUUGUUGUUUUGUUGUUGUUUGUUUUAAUCAGAAGAAAACAAGUAUUUGCUUUUUUAUUUAUUAUUAUUAUUUAUUAUUAUUAUUUAUUCACAUUAUUCAUUAAACACAAAAAGUAAGAAAAGCAAGUGUUCUCUUACAUAUAUAUUUUUUAAUUAUUUAAAUAUUUUUAUAGAACAUUGAGAAAAUCAGUCAUUUUUUUCAUUUAUUUUAUUUAAUUUUGUUGUUGUUUUUUUUUUUUUUUUGUUUUGUUUUGUUUUUUUCUUUUGAGCUUUGAUUAAAAUUUCAUUUUAGUGGCAUUAUGAAAUGACAUGGCGAGCGGGUUCUGGCGCCCAAGCCUUGAGUUUGACACCUUUGUGUUUGUAGUUUAUAUCUUGAAUAUACCCAAAAUAUGAUCACAAUGCUGUUUUCUUACGAGCCAUUACACACAAGUCUACUCAGUGCUACUCAAAAUUAGUUGUAGAACCUUUAAAUUGUGUCCCUAUUGUGUUCCCUGCACAUUUUUUUUUUUUUUUCCUAAUUUUGUCUCAAAUAUUAUUUGGACGGUGUAAGGUCACAUUUGAGCACUUAGGUUUUGCUUGUCAUAAGCAGUUCAUUCCCUUUCUCAUUGGAACAGUGCUGUUAAAUUGCUCACUCACGAGAAAACUUUUUCCCCCAAACUGCAGUUAAGAGCAAAUCAAAGACAUUUUAUACUCAUUAGACUGCUCUAACGCUUAGUACAAUUUAUGCUUUAGUUUACUUAGAUGCCAUUAGCUUCCACUUGAAGCCUUUAAACAACCUGAAGUGAAGAAGGGUAAAAACCAAAAAAAAUCUGUUGGAGUGAGAUCUGGUGAUUGUAUUGGCCGUUCAACUAGCCCUGGUUGGAAUACAGAGAAAUAAAAUAUACAGUGGGGCAAAUAAGUAUUUAGUCAACCACUAAUUGUGCAAGUUCUCCCACUUGA